AUGAAGCGCAAGUCGGAUGCGCAACGAGAGCUGGAAGUUCUUCAGCAUGUGGUGGACGUGGGAAGCCCUGCGAAGCGCCGGGCUGUGUCGCGUACAUCGUCGACCACCUCGCAGAGUCCUGCGCACGCAGGCCUCGCCGAUGCGCAGUCGUCGCCAAUCGCCAAUGGUGCGCAGAUCGGAAGAGUAAAGAGUACGAGCAAAGGCACCGGGCCGCAGGGGAUAGGAAUCGACAUCUCUGAGCAACGGCGCGUAGUCGAGUCGUCCAGCAGUGUAGACAUGCUACCAGCUGGUCGCGUCUUCCCCAUCCAAAUCGGCUCGGCGCUCUUCAGACUCUCCGGCGCAUCGCUAUGUUCAGACGCACCCUCCUACUUCUCGCACUUCUUCAGCGAACAACUACAAAGCGCCGCCGGCCGUGCAACCGACAUGAAGACCCUCUACAUCGACCGCGACCCGGACACCUUCCGCGACAUUGCCCUGCACUUGCAAGGGUACCACAUCGUCCCCCAGAACGGCGAGCACUUCGUCAAGCUCUUCGCCGACGCACAUUUCUACUCGCUCCCGCGCCUGACGAAACAGCUUUUCAAGAGCGAUAUCUUCAUCGACAUCGGCGGCACCCCGUUCCGCAUACCGCGCGAUUCCUUCUCCGCACCCGGCAACUCUCCCAACUACUUCAGCCUGGGGUUUGCGCAGUGGUUCAGCACGCCGCUGGAGGUGUUCCCGGGUCUGGACCGGAGUGCGCUGCUGCGCCCACCCAGCAUCAGUCCACCGUCCGUGCCGAACAGGAGUGGGGACGUAUUUGGCGAGCUGAUGAGGAUGCUGCAGGGCUACGAGGUGGAGAUCAGGAGCGAGACGCAUCGAGCGAACCUGCUCCGGGAUGCGCGGUACUUUCAUCUCAAGGGGCUGGAGCAGAAGCUGAUCAACUGCGCGAUGAGCUGGAAUGCAGACAGGGGCCAGAACGAGAUCCUCAUCCGACUCGAGGAUAUACGACAGAGCGGCGUCGGAUUCCUCCCAGACGCACGCAAUGCAGCAGAGCAUGUUGAACAGAGCAUAGCAGGGGGAAGCGUGACAUACGCGCGCCCCUACACCGACGACGCGGGCGCAAUUAACCACCUCGUGCUAGAGACGAGCAGCACCGAGUCCGCCUCUCUUGCCCUCCAGCCGGCUUCCCUGGGUGCAGCGAGCGCUCACGUGACAGUCUCGUUCCACGGCGACGCCCUGCGCCGCAUAACAUCCCUCCUCGCUAUCGUAGCUGCCAAGAUGGGUCUCCUGUCCACACAGGCCCUCGCACCGCCGCGAGCCGCUAUCCCAGUCCGCAUAGACGGCAACACCAGCCUGAGUCUCGAUGGCAAGGAUGUAGAUUUAGCAAGCAAUGCUGUGCAGAGACAGCCUGAAGUGCAGUGGACGGUCAUAAGGGCGCAUUGGCGGAUACGUGUCGAGCCCACUGGGACGGUGGAUGGGUAUGGGGAUGAGCAUGGGGGAGAGAGGUUAGUGGCGGUGCUGGAGGCUGUUAAAGUUGACGCGUUUACGAACGAGAGGAGGCGGAAUACAGCGAGGGCGUUUCUGACUGCUUGA